AAUAUCAACACAAACUCAUACCAAGGCAAAGAAAUCAUAUAUUUACAAAGUCAAACAUAAGUAACUCAAACACAAAAGUAUAUUUACACACAGACAUUUCAAAUAGAAGUUUAUUUACACAGACAUAAGUAAAUUUAGAACAUUUUGAACACAGACAAGAUUAUAUACAGUUCACAAACACACAGACAACAUUAUACACUACACAAAUACAGAGAAUUGUCUGUGAAGAACAAAGAUAUUUUUAAGUUCAAAGCCAAUGAAAUCAUCCACGUUGAGCCGCCGCUGCCGGUUCUCCGUCAACUUCAGCCGCCGCCGCUGCCGGUUCUCCGUCAACUUCAGUCGCCGCCGCCGGUUCUCCGUCAACUUCAGCCGCCGCCGGUUCUCCGUCAACUUCAGCCGCCGCCGGUUCUCCGUCAACUUCAGCCGCCGCCGCCGCCGUUUCUCCGUCAACUUCAGCCGCCGCCGCCAGUUCUUUGUCAAACUUCAGCCACCAAAAUCCAUUGAUUUCAUUUAUUUGAAUCCUAACUAUUAUGUGUUGAGGUUUGCUGCGGGUAGAAGAAAGGACGGCUAGGAGGGAGUGGGGGAAGAGAUGGUGGGUUGUAUUUGCACGUAAGGGAGGGAGGGGUAAAAAGAUGGUAAUUUUUUGACCUAUUUAUAGCGUGUAGGUGUGUGUAUGACUUUUGUGUACCCCAAGCCCAAUUGAAAACAGUAUCCAUGAGGCAUAAGCUGCCAUCUGAUCUCUCCGUAUAAAAAUUCAACAUUCCAUUUCAUUUUCUCCGAGUAAACACCCAAUUUGACUUCUUUUUCUGCAACCCAACCCUCUCCAUCAUCCAUAAAUCGAAAGCAAUGGCCAAUUCGUCGCCGGCGGUUCUCCCGCUUUCCACCGCGCCACCCGCCACCGCCUCUGAACCCGCAAUUGCGCCCACCUCUGCUUUCCGUGCCUUCUUGAACAACAUUUCCGAAACCGUUCGCAAAGGGCUAUCGACCCGCCGCCCGUGGGCGGAGCUCGUGGAUCGCUCCGCCUUGUCGAAGCCGGACUCCUUCUCGGACGCGACUCUCCGCAUCCGCAAGAACUACGCGUAUUUCAGGACCAAUUACCUCGCCCUCAUCGCCGCCGUCCUCGGAAUAUCUCUCGUCACCCACCCGCUCUCCCUCGUCUUCCUCGCCGCCCUGCUCGCGGCGUGGCUCUUCCUGUACCUCUUCCGCCCCUCCGAUCAGCCUCUGGUCCUCUUCGGCCGCCAAUUCUCCGACAGGGAAACCCUGGGCGGCCUGAUCCUCUCCACCGUCGUCGUGAUUUUCCUCACCAGCGUCGGGUCGGUUCUCGUCUCCGCCCUGAUGGUGGGCGUCGCAAUUGUCUGCAUCCACGCCGCUUUCCGUGACCCGGAAGAUCUGUUUCUCGACGAGCAAGAUGCUCCGGCCGUCGGGUUCCUUUCUUUCUUGACCGCCGGCGCCCCGUCAAAUGGGUCAGCUCCCGGCGUUGCACCUCGGAUUUGAGCGGCUCUUCCGUGAACCGGAAAUUGCGACGCCGGCGUCUGUUUGCGGCGAUUCCUUUCAUCAAAUUCAUGUAAAAAUUACAGCUUCAUCAGGUGGACAAUUACUAAUUGCUGUAGAGUAGACCAAUUUUAAUUCAUUAUUAUAGACUUAUAGUUGUACAGGCUUAUGUAUACUGCAAAUUAUACUUUGCAUUCGGAUGGAUUCUUACGUGCAGAAUUUUUUGUAUUUUUUUGUUUAUAAUUGCUCAUUGCGAGUUUGCAAAUUGCAACUAAAGAUUUUUUACUUAUGGAUGUUGAUGUGUUAUUUGUUUGA